AUGGACUGCACCUUUCCCUUCACCUCUGCCGCACAACGCUCAGUGCAAAUGGAUGAGGAGCAAUUGGAUCAGUGGAAGUACUCUCGACAAGUAAGACCCCAGUACCACCACCGUGAGUGCAGCUGGAGCCCAGCUGGCCAGGGUUAUCUGAGAAGCCGCACGGAGCCACUGGAGUGCCGGGACCUCCUCAUCCAGAACGCGCUCUUCACUGGGGACCUGGAGAGGGUGCAGAAGUACUUCAGCAGGAACGCAGCCGUUAAUCUCAUCAUUGAGACCAAGGGUGAUGAGCUGCGCUGGACUAGUAGGAAAUUUGGACUGUGGUCUCUGAGCUAUGAGCAGGAGCUCACCACGCCACUGCACAUCACAGCCAGCCGGGGCUACACAGAUUGCCUGCGGCUCCUACUGCUCAGGGGCGCUGCCGUCAACUUUGCACCAGGGGGUAAGACUGCCCUGCAUGAGGCUUGCGCAGCAGCCAGUACUGACUGCGUGAGCCUGCUGCUCAGCUUUGGUGCUGACCCUGAGGCUGUCUCUGAGGAUGGCUACAAGCCCAUGCAUCUCUGCAAGAGCCCAGAAUCCAUCGAGUGCGUCCAGCAGCUGCUGCAGCACGGUGCCAGUGUGAACAGUCGGACAGAAGAGGAAUGUGAUACAGCACUGCAUGUGGCAGCACGGCAUGGCCUAACAGACCACGUCCGUCUGCUGCUGUGCCAUGGGGCAGAGCUGGAGGCAAAGAAUGAGGAGGGGCAGACGCCACUGAAUGCUGCCUGUGCUCAGCCCCAUCAGCCCCAGGACAUGGAGCGCUACUACAAGGUCUGCCAGCUGCUGGUGGAAAGUGGUGCUAGCAUCAACGCUGCAGACAGGGACCGUCAGCACCCACUUCACUUGGCCUGCAAGAAUGCCAAUGCUCAAGUAGCAGAGUUACUGCUGGCCCGGGGCGCAAACGUCAACAUCAUGAACUACAGUGGGAACACGGCACUGCACAAUAUCCUGCAAGCAACUGCCUACAAGCUAGAUCACCAUCCAGAGCUUGUGGUGCAAGCCCUGCUCAACUAUGGUGCCAUCCGCAUCUGGCCUGGCUCCCUCCUCAAGGUGCUGCGGUACUGCCACGCCUGCCCGCGUGUCAUCGAGGUCCUGAUGAACAGCUAUGACCAUGUGCGUGUCUCCGCAGACUGGGUGGAGGCGGUUCCAGUGGAGGUUGUGCAGAAAUACCCAAGUUUCUACCAGUCGCUUUUCUCGCUGGAGCAAAGACCUCGCUCCUUGCAGCACCUGGCUCGCUGUGCACUCAGGACCUUCCUGGAGGGCCGUUUGCUUCCAGUCCUGUCCCAGCUGCACCUGCCAAGCACCUUGCACCGGUUCCUGCUGCUCAGCUUUGAGGAUGUUCUCUACUAA